AUGGCGCCUGUUGUUAAGAUCAUCAACUCCAUUCGAGCAAAGGCUAAGCAACACCGGAGCGUCAAGCUGUUGCUGGAGGAAUGCUCUGCGGAGUAUGGGGAUCUCCUCCUCCACACUGAAAUGUUGGAAAGUCACACCAGUGCAGCCAGCGUUUUAAAGGUUUCCAAGUAUUGUGACCUCUUGUCAAGGCUUGGACAGGAGUUUUCAGGCAGAUUCAGUGACUUUGAGAAACUUGAGCCCUGUGUGGCAUUUAUGGCCAACCCCUUCAUGGAUGUGGACAUAAGGGAGAAUUCAGGACAGAUUGCUGAACUUUUCUGUGUUGAUCCUGUAGAAAUGGAAACUGAGGUGUCCCAAUCCACGGGGUAUUUCGAGCUGCAGCUGCAUUCCGUGGAAAACGCGAAAGGUGAGCUGCUCAGCGGCGAGUGCUGCGACGGCGAGAGGGACGCCGCGGACGGCCGCUGCACGCCCAACGAGUGCGACACCUACUUCAGGGUCUGUCUAAAGGAAUACCAAACGGAGGUCACCACGACGGGGCCCUGCACCUACGGGACUCUAACGACCGGCGUUAUCGGUGGGAAUACUUUUCAGUUCAAGAACGUGAGGAACGGACAAAACGCCGGGAAGAUCAUUAUCCCCUUCCAGUUCGCCUGGCCGACAGUUUGCAAGACGCCGUCAACAAAACGGGUCCCUCGCCUUUUCCGUACGCUGCGAAGGCACUGGAUUGGGGUUUUGCCCACGGCUAGCGGUGUUUUGCAUAAAGUCCGGUCGCCGACUCUGCCGUCACGAUUGCAUGGCCGCGUGCACAGACCGCCGCAGGUCAGCGGUGUAACUCAAGCACUGUAUAGUUACCCUAUCUGCGUCAGGUGCAACUACGGCUGGCAGGGGCCGUUCUGUGACGAGUGCCCCUACCCGGGCUGCGUGCACGGGACCUGCAGCGAGCCCUGGCAGUGCUCCUGUGAGAAGAACUGGGGCGGCCUGCUCUGUGACAAAGAUCUGAACUACUGUGGGACCAACCGCCCGUGUAAUAACGGAGGGACGUGCAUGAACACGGAGCCCGAUGAGUACAACUGUGCCUGUCCAGACGGCUACUCCGGCAAGAACUGUGAGAUCGCUGAGCAUGCUUGUGUGUCCAAUCCAUGUGCCAACGGAGGGACCUGUCACGAGGUUCCUACCGGGUUCGAGUGCCACUGUCCAGCCGGCUGGUCUGGGCCCACCUGUGCUAAAGACACGGAUGAGUGCGCCUCCAACCCCUGUGCACAGGGCGGCACCUGUAUUGACAUGGAGAAUGGCUUCGAAUGCGUCUGCCCUCCCCAGUGGACCGGCAAGACCUGCCAAAUAGACGUUAAUGAGUGUUUGGGGUCGAAGUCUUGCCUCAAUGCUUACUCUUGCAAAAACUUGAUUGGUGGAUAUCUCUGUGCCUGCUUUCAUGGAUGGACAGGCCAGAAAUGUGACAUCAAUUUCAACAGCUGCCAUGGCCAGUGUCAGAAUGGAGCGACGUGCAAGGACACGGAGAAUGGCUACCAGUGUGUGUGCCGGUCUGGCUUUCUGGGGUGGCACUGUGAGAUCCAGAGGAACCGCUGUGCCAGCAGUCCCUGUAGGAAUGGGGGCAGGUGCCACACCCUGCUGGCCAGCUUCAUGUGUGAAUGCCCACCGGGCUUCUCUGGCACCACCUGCGAGCUGCAGAAUAACCCGUGCAGCCCGAACCCGUGCCAGAACAAGGCCCAGUGCCACGGCCUGGCGGGCGACUUCUACUGCACCUGCCCAGACGACUAUGAGGGCAAGACGUGCUCAGAGCUCAAGGACCACUGCAAGACCAACCAAUGUCAAGUGAUUGACAGCUGUACCAUCGCCGUGACUACCAACCAUACCAACAAAGGGGUGUGGCACAUUUCGUCCAAUGUCUGCGGCCCCCACGGCCGCUGUAUCAGCCUGCCUGCUGGGAAUUUCAGUUGCUCCUGUGAGCCAGGAUUCACUGGCACCUACUGCCAUGAGAACAUAAAUGACUGUGUGUCGUCUCCGUGCAAGAACGGCGGCACCUGCAUCGACGGGAUCAGCUCCUUCCAGUGUUUCUGUCCAGAUGGCUGGGAGGGCAGCCUGUGUGACGUGGACGUAAACGAGUGCAGUAGAAACCCCUGCCAGAACGGAGGGCGCUGCGUCGAUCUGGUCAACGACUUCUACUGCCACUGUGUAGACAACUGGAAGGGCAAGACGUGCCACUCACGAGAGAGUCAGUGUGACUCUACCACUUGCAGAAAUGGGGGGACUUGUUAUGAUCACGGAGACUCCUUCCUCUGUACCUGCCCCUCAGGCUGGGGUGGGAGCACCUGCAACACAGCCAAGAACAGCACAUGUGACUCUGGUCCUUGCGAGAAUGGGGGGACCUGUGUCGGAGGAGGAGAUGCCUACACCUGCAUCUGCAAGGACGGCUGGGAGGGACCUACCUGUGCACAGAAUGUCAACGACUGCAACCCACAUCCCUGCUACAAUGGUGGAAUCUGUGUGGACGGUGUGAACUGGUUCCGCUGCGAGUGCGCUCCUGGUUUCGCCGGACCGGACUGCCGCAUCAAUAUAGACGAGUGCCAGUCUUCUCCAUGUGGACCAGGCUCCACCUGUCUGGAUGAAAUCAAUGGCUUUCGCUGCGUGUGUCCUCCUGGACAUGCUGGGCCUCGCUGCCGACAGUUUAUAGGGAUAGGGAAGGCUUGUCGUCAUUCUGAUCUGCAGUUUCCUCACGGCAGUCGGUGGGAGGAGGAGUGCAACACCUGCCAAUGUGUCAAUGGACACGUUCACUGCUCCAAGGUGAGGUGUGGUCGCAGGCCCUGCCUCCUCCCAAAGGCUUUUCCGGCUCCAGACAACAACAUCCCGUCAUGUCUCGGCGGUCACGAGUGUGUGGAGCACCAGUUCCUCACCUGUUUCUCCCCGCCUUGCCACGAGUGGGGCGUGUGCUCCUCCCCUGACCCGCCGCCACCCAUACACACCCAGUGUGAGCCCAACAGCGGUUACCUUGACAACAGCUGCGCUCGCAUCACGCUCAUCUUCAAAAGAGACAAAGUGCCACAGGGCACCACCGUGGAGAACAUCUGUUCAGAGCUGAGGUACCUCCCAGUGACCCAAACGUUGGCUAAAGAACGAGCGCUCCUUAUCCUCUGUGACCUGUCCUAUUCCAACAGCGACGCCGUGGAAGUCGCCAUGUCCUUUGAGCAGGAUGGGCGAGCGAAGGACGGCGAUCAUGGACUGAUCCAGGAGGCGGCCAGCUCCAUCAUUGGUGCCCUGUCCAAGCGGCACAACAGCACAGUCAUGCUCGCCGUAGUGGAGGUCAAGGUGGAGAAACCGGUCACGCCGCAGCCUGUUGACUACCUGGUCCCUGUGCUGGGCGUGGUCUUCACUGUGCUGUGGAUUUUCUGCAUCGUGGUGUGCGUGUGGUGGACCCGCAAGAGGAAGAAAGAGCGGGAGAGAGCGGCCCGGGCUGCUGCGGCGGAGGACAGUACCGUCAACAACCAGCUGGAGCCCCUACGCAGCCGCGCGCUCAAGAACAACUGCGACAAAGACGUUACGUACGAGUGCAAGAAGCUGAUGGGCCCCGGGGACCGGACCUGCGACGGGGCCGAGGGAGAGGAGGAAGGGGAGCAGAGAGGGGAGCGGCAGCAGCAGGAGGAGGAGGAUGACGACGACGAAGAGGUGGAGAGGAGGGGACUGGGGCUGGCAGAGAAGUGCCCCUCCCAAAGGGGCUCCAAAGCCGGGGCACAGGACAGAGGGCCGAUGGGGAAGGGAGCGGUGGUCUGCACGACUCGCAGCGGCCCGGUCAAGGCCCCGCACCGGACAGCGUACAGCCCCAAAGACAACCGCUGCAAAAACCUGAAUGCCGCCAAGCUCAGCGAGGACAUUAAAGACCACUACGUAUGAGUGCAGCGUUCUCUGGUGGGACCUUCCCAACUUAAGGAAAAUUAAAAAAAAAAUUAAAAAAAACAAAAACAAAAAAACUGUGAUAUCUUCAAUGUCAUGGACCGUUAAACCUUUAAAGCACCAAAAGUGAAGAUUUCAGAUCUUUUUCUGUUCGUUUGUUUGUUUUUACUCUUUAUUUCACAUUUAGUUGUUUUUUCCUCACCAUGGAGGCUUGUUUAUUUUGCAAAAACAACAACAAGAGAAAAUACGUAAAACAGACACGAACUUCGGGGGUCUCGUGGUCGAUCAAGAAUAAUCAUACUGUUGGAAUCAAGAAGAAAGAACUAUUUUUUCCUGCUUAAUUUUUUUUGUUUUUUUUUUUGCUGUUGUUUACAAAGUGCUGCGUUCAGCGGCGCAGUCCUUUUCCCACUACGCGGCGUCAGAAAGUUCACCUUUCAUCUGACUGGAGCGCUGCCCUCGGGUUCCCAUCCCACCAUCAUUUGCUGGCAGCUGUCAACGUUGUCUCUACUGUUCAGUGCAUUCAGUUCCUGUCUGCCUUAGCCCCAACCCGCGGGCCUUUUCCUACACUGUCCUGUUCAUAUGUCCUUUUAUAUUUCAGAUGUUCAAAAAAAACCAAAAAACAAAAAGGAAUAAAAAAAAAAAAAAAGGUUUUAUAUCUGCAAGUUCUUUGGAAAGCCGGCACAGAAACACCACUGUAUAUGAUACCUGGCAUGAACAUUUUUGUUUACAUUGACAAGCAUCUUUUCCAUAAGUUGUAAACUGCUUCGGAAGAUCUUUCGUCCGCCCUCUCGACGUAACCCUGCUUAACCGCACCCCGCAAGUCCGCGCGAUCAUUUUUUUCAGUAUUUGCUUUGAUAGGAAGUGCCUUGAGCCCUUAUUUUUCCCCUCCCCGUCGUCCCCCCCUUUUCUCAGACUUUGCAGAAUUUGAAUUCGUCUAAAGGGAAAGAUGUCCCAGCAGCAAAUCUUCAUGCCACCGGAAAAGGUUAUUUUCAUUGCAGUGUACAUAUGUAAAUACAAAAAAAAAAUGGCUGUGUAUAUUUGAAUUUAGUAACUUAAGUGAUGCUUUGUUCCAUAGUUAUUCUAAAGAAUAAGACUGUUUUGUGGUUGUCUUUUUUUUUUCCUUUCUUUUUUUUCUUUUCGUCAACAUGUCAUUCCGCUUAUUAUUGUCCAUUGACACUAGGGCAGGUUUUAUACAGGUUUUUGGAUUAAGUCUGUGUGGUCCCUCUUAAUCAUUGGCCCAUUGGUUGAAAUAAUCAUAGGGACAUUUUUGUUUGUUUUUUCUGUUCGUUUGCUCAGUACCAGAGCCGUUUCCCAGGCCCGUCGUUAUAAUGGUUUGGACCUGACACGCAGCAUGUUGGACACUGGAUAUAAUCGAGGAUCCCCUCGACUAAACAACGUGGGCCACUCCAAUAAGAGGGGGCGCUCGUUUAGAAACACCCUUACCUUUCCAUUCACAUCACUGAGUUCAGAUAACUCAGAAGACCAGAGUCCUCACACCUGUAGGACUCGCCCUUCCCGUAAACAAUUUGGUCUCUUGAUUUUAACAGUGUUUUAAUGGGUUAUCUACAGUUGAUAACAUUACAGAACACCGGCUCAGCUUCUCUCCAAACACCUGUCACCUGUGUCCUUCACAUUCGGCUGUUAUCGCGGCUGCAGCCAUCUUGUUUUGCAUCCCUGUUUGGAAGUUUUCAGUCGAAUUUAACUGUAUGAAAUUACUGCAGCCCUGCACUGCUGUGAAGAAUCGGGUCUAUUGACAGGCCCUGAAUGAAUAUUUUUCACUUGUACCUUCAAAGAUUAAGACGAGCCCAUUGAGCACAGAGAAACAGAAUUGUAAGUUGUCUUUCUACAAGCCAAGUUCAAGUUUCACUUUAUCAUCACACACACACCUACGUAUAUAUAUAUAUAUAUAUAUAUAUACAUACAUACAUACAUA